AUGGCCUGCGGAGAUUCAGACUUUUUGCGCUUGCUUUGCCUCGUGGAGGAGUGGCGUUACCGUUUAUAUCUUCAUAAGUGCGCCAGAGCAUUUCCUCUGGAUGAGGGCUAUCAAGCGCAUCCUUUGCCUUUCAAGCAUUGCAAAGAAAAAAAUCACCAGGGGUUAGAUCAGGUAGCCGGCGCUCCAAAACCACAAGAUCCACCAAAUGAAGGAGACGUGAAGGCACUCCACAGGAGUCUGAGAUCCCCCCAGUCUCAAGAUGAUGUUCCCCAAGAACCACCAAGCUCUCUCCACAGGAGUCUGAGAUCCCCACAGUCUCAGGAUGAUGUUCCCCAAGAACCACCAAGCUCUCUCCACAGGAGUCUGAGAUCCCCACAGUCUAAGGAUGAUGUUCCCCAGGAACCACCGAGCUCUCUCCACAGGGAGGUGCGACAGGCGCCUCCGGGCAUGCAGGAGGGGCAAACCGCGGCGGAGGACGCCUUUAGGCAGAUGGCGGAGGAGGGCCAAGCAGGCAUGGAGCAGGCGCAGUAGGGCGCCGAUCAGGGACAGGCCCAGGCGAGCGGCUAAGCCCCUCCCCGACAGCCGGAAUUCGGACUCGUCGCCUUCGCACUCUGCGCCAAGCGCACUGUACCAGACCAAGCUCAAUAAAGAACAGCC